AUAUAUAUUCAGGCGGGUUUGAGUGAGAUGGUGAGACAACGAAACGUUUUUAAUAUUGUCCAGAAAUUCAUAUGCAACAUAUACAAUGUCGGUAGCAUAAUUGAUGUUGAUGCUGCGCGCCUUCAAAUGUUCAUUGAUUCAUAUACGGUUUCUGGUGUGGACGAAGCUUUUGAUCGAAAAAAAUUGCGGAAUUUCGACGCCAGCAAUCUACCACCAUGUAAAAGCGAACUGUUACAACAAUUUUUACGAGCAAAUCAUAUAUAUUGUAUUUGGAACAAUGCUCACCUAAAGAGUCCAACCAUAUAUAAGCCAGAAAAUAAUGGUUGGGUACAAGAAAAUAACCAAUACCAUUUCAAAUGGUUUGAAGGGGAUCAGCUACCAAAUUAUGUCAGUGAUUCGUUAGAAAUUAUAUUAGAAACUGACGAAGAAGGUGAUAUUGACAUCAAUCAAGGACUGGAGUAGUAGUGACGAUG